AUGGAUCAAUAAUUUUAAACAAAAGGUAAUAGCUUAAAGAUAAGCACUCUUUUCACCAAAAUAAAUUAGCAUAGAUUGAAAGGUUUAUAGGAUAAUAACUUAGAUAUUCAUAAGAUGAAUCAAAAAAUAGAUCGUUAAACUAUCAUUAGUUAGUAGCUAAACAAAACUGACCUUUUAAAGUUUAAAUUAGAAUCUUUUUCUGAAGAUAAGAUUAACUCUUCAUUUGGCAUAUUAAAAUAAAUAAAAAACAUUAACACUCAGGGUAGGUAUCAAUAAAAUAAAUAAGAUAGCCAAAAUAAUAUCUAAUAAGAGGUAGAUUAGCAUAACAGCUUGAAAGCUAAGUAAGAUAGCACCAAAAAACUUACUCUUUAUGAACAUUAAAAAAUCGCAAUAGGGCCAAAAUAAUAAAGCAUACAAAAUGAUAAGUAAGAAAACUAUGGAAACAGCAAAUUCAUUAUUAAGCAAGAGAGCCAAAAAAAAUUUAAGACUUAAUAAGAUUUACUAUAAAAAAAUGAAAAUGUUUAAGGGGAUUAAUUGGUUUAUAGUAUCGAUAGAGGAUUCAGUUUGAAGGCAUUCAAAAAUAAAUUUGAAUUUUAAAAGAAUAGAAAACCUCAAAAUUAGAAUGAUCGAGGGUUAUCUCUUUAAAAUGAAAGGCCAUAACUUAAUAAAAUAUUGCAAGUAAAAAUCUCUUAAUCUCCUAGUGGCUAGUAAAAUAUAGAAAAUCAAUUUAAAAGUGUAGAAUAAACAAAAUUAGCUAUUACUUAACCUAAAUAAUGUGCAAACAAUAAUAAUAUAUUUAAUAAACCCUAAUCAUUGCUAAGUACAAUUUAUUUUAACUAGAAUCCUUACUAGCUUAACCAUAAAUCUUCUUUUCUUGAUAGUAGCAAAGUAAGUACCAAAAACUCCACUUAGGUUCAAAUAAAUGUUAAUGGUAAUGAUAAAUAGAUGUUGAAUCAAAGAAUAUCAAGGAAAAAUCUUACUGAUUAUCAUAAUCAAAAUUAUCGAGAUUUAAGCUAAUAAUAAGAAAAUUUAAGCCUUUACUUACUAUAUAGAGAGUAAUAGGAAGAGUAAGAUAAAAAAUUAAGAGAAUUAAGCAACUAAAAGUCCUUUAGAAACUCUUAAGUUGUAUUAAAUAAAUAUUCAAAUAAAGAUUUACAAGACGAGGAGUAAGAAAUUUUAGAAAGCAACAUUAGCAAAAGGCUUCACCAAGCAAGUCAAAGUUAGAAAAUAAAAAAUUAAAUCGUAAUCUAUGAGCAUGAUAAGCCUAUUUUCAAAAAGAAAAAUUUAUUAAAUAACACUCUUUGUAAUUCAAAUACUGAAGAAGAUUAGAAUGGUUUAAGCUAUUGUGACUUUCAAAUUUAAAACAGUAGAAAUAAAUCAGUAGACUAACUAAAAAAUCAAAGAAGUAGAUCGCUCUAAACAAUUAAGAUCAAUAAAAAUAAUAAAAGUAUUUAGAUUGGCGAGGAAUAAUUUUUAUAGGAUGACUUUGAAGAUAUAAAAUAAUAGGAAAAGUAGUCUUCUCUCUAAAGAAUAAAUAAAUCAAUUGACGAGAAUGAUGACGAUGAUGAAGAAGAAGAAAUUUUGUAUCCAUCUUCAUAAGCUAAAAUUUAGCAAAAAAAAACAACUCAAAAUGCAACCAUGCAGACAACAUUUACUGAGCAAAUACCUGAAAUAGUUGCAAGAGAGUUAGAUUAAAUUAAUAAAAAUAAUUAAAUCCAAAAUACACAAAAUGUUAAUAAUAACAUUAUACCAAUAAGAAAAAAAGAGAGACUUAUAUCUUAUCUUUCAGUAAAUCAUAAAAAUUUCUUGUCUAGCACUUCAUACUACAUAUAAAAGUAUGAAUAUGAUUAAAAUAAUAAUUAGAAAUUUAUCAGAAACUUAAAGAAUAGCAAAAGCCAAAAAUAGUAUGAUGAACAGGAUAAAAAUUAUAAAUUAAAAAAUUAUUCCAGUACUAAAUGUCUUACACAGGACUACAGAGAAGUUAAUAAUUGUGAAUAGGAUUUUAUUUAGGGAUAAGAAUUAAUUUAAAUGCCUAUUACACUUCAUACUUCUAAAGAAGAGUUUCUAAGUUAGCUGAAUAAGAAAAUUCAAAAAGUUCAGUUUUAUCUUAACAUGAUUGAGAAAAGAAAAAUCUAAGAUUUUAACAAUCUUUAACAAAAAUAAGCUGUGGGGGAUUUUUAAAACUCUACAGAUGAGCAGACUUAAACAAUUUAGCCAUAAAAUUAUUAAAUUGGUAAGAGAUUAGUGUUUUAAAUAGAGAGCGAAGAUGUACUUAAAAAAAUUAAAGAGAGUAACAAUCCACAGUUAUAUGAACUACUUAAAUCUUAUCAAGUAAAUGGCUGUCUCUUUCCUAUAUAUAACAACAGAGAACUCGAACAAAUUUCACUAUGCCCCCUUGCUGACUAGGUACAAUCUUAAAAAACUUUCAAUAAAUUUAAUAAUAGUAAAAUAAAAAUAAUCUGUAAUAUAAUAUUGAAAAAACAAAGAAAUAAAACUUCUCAUCAUUAUGACAUCAACAAUAUUCUUCAAUAAUCUAGUAAUGCAUAUAAAUCUUAACUUCUUUCUUAAUCUCUUUUAAAUAAAUGA